GCAGAGCAGACGCCGGCUGCCCGUCGAGUGCAUCGCGAAUGCUUCGCCCUCGCGCUUCGUGCCGCAUAUGGUCUCGCACUCUGACGAAUUAGCAAAACCGGCAUGAGGCCAUAAUAAGACGCGUUCAUUUACUAAACCUUGGUGAAUAUUAGUGAAUCUUGCAAUAUAGAACUGUCCUGGCAGAAAACUACGCGAAACGUGUGAAUACCGGUGAAUAAAAGCGUGGUUUGUCGGCGUGCCACAUGUAAACAACGAUGGAACAACGGCGAUAAACAAACGUCGAACGUUUAUGGUGACUUUUUUCUUUGAACAGUGUGUUAUUUGCUGAAAUGAGCGGAAACAUGUGUGGAUUAGUUCAUCGCGCUUUCGGCGUAUUCCUAGCGAUUGCGUUGGUUGGCGGCACGACGGCGCAGGAUGAAAUUUAUUUCUCCCAGUCGCCGAAGGACGCCAAAGUCGUGACGGGGAAAUCUAUUACUCUGCCGUGCGAAGUGACACCUAAUCAUGGUGUCUCCUACUAUUGGGAAUUGAAUGGAUCAAGAAUUUUUAAUACUACACGACGAUAUCAACAAGGGUCUAAUUUGCACAUCACGCGAGUUGAUCGUGAACGAGAUUCCGGUCAUUUUACGUGUAUUGCAAAAGAUCUCAAAGGAUUAUCCAUCACUAGUUCUUCUGCAUCACUAAACAUCGAAUGGAUUGAAGAAGCAUCAGUGCAGCUGCAAUCACCCGAAUCUGCUUCCUACAUAACCGCAGGAGGUGAGGUGAUUCUGCGGUGUCACGACGAAGCUUCCGGAGCCGUGCACUACGAGUGGUUAAGAAAUGCUUAUCGACUGACAAAGUCAGAGCACUUUGAGAUUAAGAAGAAGCGCCUGCACAUAAAGAACGUGAACUCGACGGUGAAUGGAAUUUAUCGCUGCACCGCGCAGAAUGAGGCCGGCACCGUGCACAGUACAAAGAAUUUCGCUCUUGCCGUGGCCAGCGAUCAGACGGCGCUGAUACAGGUGGUGCCCAGAAAUCAACUGGUGAAGAAAGGCGGCACCGCCUUCUUCGACUGCACCUAUCAAAAGGCUGACGUUAUCGAGUGGUAUUUCAAAGAUUCGGGUCCUUUGGAGAGUGAUAACAGAAUUAAGGUUCAUGCGAAUGGAACCCUGGAAAUUACGGACGUGCGAGACUCAGACCGUGGUUUGUAUAAUUGCAUCGGCGUCAAAGGUGAAUCAACUGAAGUGCCUCAAAGUUACACCGCCGAAUUACACAUUGCACAUCUGCACGAGUUAUCCGAGAGUAGUUUUGAACCGGCGUUGCCGCCCAAUGGGGUGGUUAUCAUUGGCGAGGAUACCAUGUUUCAGCAGACUUGCUUGGAACCCAAUAGUCGCCCACGGGCCAAAAAGUUUUGGUUGAAUCCCAAUGGGCACACGGUCUCGGAUAGUGGUGAUGUGAAGGUGGACGAUGACGGGCGAUUGAUAUUUGAAAAAGUCAAGCCGGAAUUCGCUGGAACGUACACGUGCGUUGCUGAGAAUAUCGCCGGAAAGACAGACAAAGGCUUCGAGUUGAUUGUUACGACGAAAGCAGUGAUUAUAUCGCAUCCGGAGAGUUUAACAGUCGAAGAAAACGAAAUGUCUACGUUAACCUGCCAUGUUGAUGCAAAGUCGCCGGAUUAUACGACAAUAAAAUGGCGCAAAGAUGGCAAAACGAUAAGGCAUGACUAUGAGAAUGAAAGCGCGAACCAUCAGCGACUGCGGACCUUUAAGCACAACGGUACUCUGAUUCUCACAGCGACGAAGACUUCGGAUCGCGGCGAGUACAAUUGUGAGGUUCACACGACUGGUUUCGAGACUGUUAUUUCUAAACCAGCAACUAUUUCUGUCAUAGAGCAAUUAAAAUUUGCCCCAGCACCCGUAAAUAAAAAAUUGGAAUUGAAUAGCAUGGCAAAGAUGCAUUGCAAAGCUCAAGGCACGCCUCCACCAUUGGUGCAUUGGGAAAAGUUGGGAACACAGAGUUUACCAAAUCAUAUCACGGAUAUGAACGGCACGCUUCAUUUCAACGGAGUGCAAAGCGACGAAGGGAAAUACCUCUGUGCAGCCAGUAAUAGCCAGGGAACUAUAAAUGUUACAGUUGACAUUGAUGUAGUGGUUGCGCCCAAAUUCAGCAUUCUGCCAAAGAAUCCGACCGAAGCGCACGAAGGUGCGUCGGUGAUGAUAGACUGCGUCGUUGAGGGCGAUCCGAAACCCACGAUACAAUGGGACAAGAAUCUAAAAAUGAACGAUUUCAAUACGUCACGAUUUGAGGUGCUCGCCAACGGUACACUGCAGAUAAAAGAUGUGCGCAAAGAGGAUGAGAACAAUUACGGAUGCACAGCCGGCAGCAGCGCCGGCUUGAAUCGCAAGGAAGUCAGGUUGAUUGUUCACCCCAGAGACGGUUUCUUCCCGAACAAUCUGAAUGCCGAAGGCUCUACUGUCACGAAGGCGGUGCUUAUCACGAUGUCAGUGGCCGCCGCAUAUAUUAUACUGGUGGUGGGACUUAUGGUGUGGUGCAGAUAUCGAAGGAAGGCGAGAAAAUUACCAAUAACGGACGCAAAAACUGAAAAUGGUGAAGCUGAUCCUACAGAAUUGAAGGACACUGCCAACGGCCAUAUUGCAGGACCUUCAAAGCUUGAAAAUGGAGACGCGCACAAAGAGGGACAAAAGAGCGACGGUGCUGAAACGACGCACUCGCAAAGUUCCGGGCACUCGAAAAAGUCAAAGUCCAGUUACGAUAAAAUCGCAUAUUCUAGAUCUAAUCUAAAGGAGACGAAACUAAUUGGACGAGGAGAAUUCGGCGACAUAAUGACUGCUAAAGUUUUAAAGAGCUCUGUUGCCGGUGAAAAGCGCAAUUCAAACCCCGAUGACAACAAAGACAAGGAAAAGGAUGAUAAGGAUAUCAUUGUGAUGGUAAAAUCGCUGAAACACACAAAGGACGAGAACAGUUUGGCUGAAUUUAAACGAGAAAUCGAUAUGUUCUCGAAAUUUAGUCAUCGCAAUGUGACUAAACUGAUCGGAUUGUGCCGAGAGCAAGAACCACAUUUUAUGAUUCUCGAAUAUACUGAUUGGGGCGACUUGAAACAAUUCCUUGUGGCGACACAGAACGACAAUCCGCCCAGUUUGACGCCAGUGCAGAACAUUGCUACUCUUCAUCAGAUAGCCACCGCAAUGGACUUCCUAUCCAAUCAUCGAUUGAUUCACCGCGAUUUGGCCGCACGUAACUGUCUCAUCACGUCAAAACUAUUGGUUAAAGUUGGUUUACCGCGACUUACGCGAGAUCCUUACAGUCAGGAGUAUUGUAAGCAUGCUAAUCACAUCAUACCGCUACGAUGGAUGCCAUAUGAAGCUGUCUACGAGGAUGAAAACUCAACGAAAAGUGAUGUUUAUUCUUUCGGUGUCGUUAUCGGCGAAGUUUUCAACAAAGGAGAACUUCCCUUCCCCAAAAUGAACGACAAUAGUUUCCUAACAAAGUUGAAAGAGAAAUCGUUAGAGUGGAAGUUCCACAAGGACACUCCUGAGGAUCUCUUAAAGCUCCAGGAGACCUGUUUAGCUGUAGAUCCACAGAGUCGACCAACGUUUGCUCACGUCGCCGAGGCGAUCGGGGAGAUCUUGAAAUCCAUGUAAAUAAGCACGCGUCUGCGUGUUUCUAUUAUUAGUCAUUGAUAAACCAAAUUUAUUUAUUAGAUAAGUGCCACAUAAACGCGUUUAUCGACGUUUUCAUAGCGAAGCAAAAGAAUCCAGUGCAGAGCGGAGUCGAAUUUGUUUAGGAAAAGUCGUUGUUUGAAUCGUUUACGAAUUUUAUGGAGUGGAUCAUGAUGAUGAAGAUGAAAUUAUAAUCGCCAAGCUUGAUGCUAAACAAUUACCCAACGCCUUAAACGUAUUUUUCAACGAAGUCUAAUGUAUCGAAGCCCAUUGUCUUUUCUAUGCAUGUUGACCGUAUUUGUAAUCUGUACUUUUCGAGGAAUUUUUCGACCACUCUUGCUUUUUAUACUUCCCAGACAAGAACAUUGUGUACAUAUAGCAACUAUUUGUACAUAUCACAUUCGAAUAAUCAACGGACCUUCAAAUAAUUCACGAAUUUGAGGUAUUUAUUUAUUACACGCGCAUAUCACGACGAAAGACGUACUUGAAACUAUUUACUCCGAUGCAUUAAUUAAGUGUAAGUGAUGAGGGAGCUGACGUUAGUUAAUACUUUGUACAUUUUUGUAUGCCAUGCUAAGCACUGCCAAAAGUAUGUCAAAUAAAAUCGUAAAAGUACGUGUAGAAUGUAACGCAUACGCUGAUUUUAUAUAGUUUACGUAAGAUGAUAACGAAAUACGCCGAAACGUGUUCGUUUCAAUUACUCUACUUGCUUUCUAAGGUCUCUUUUUUGUGUAAAGAUUUGUUACUGGACGAUAAUCUCAACAUAGCAAUAUUUACUUCUUUACUGAUACACACCUUCUUUCAGAUGCAAUUUCACAUUGUAAACUUUGUGUCUAUAUAGGUUUUCUUUUAAUUAAGCGAGGUUUUAAUUAGUUAGUGAGCGAAUAAGUAUGAAAUAUUUAUUGAACGUUAUUUUAGGGGAGGAAUGUAAACGAAACGAAUUUUCAUAUAAGAUAUUCUAUAAACAUGACUUUGACUAUGUAUCAUAUGAUCUGUCCAUAAAUAAGGAAUUCUAGCUGUAGCUUUUUAUAUUAUGUAUUAAUUUGUAACGACGGCGAGUGGCGAUGAUAACGCAUCGCAAGAGUAUAAGAUUGGUAUUGUACAAUUUUUAUAUAUGAUUAUGCAUAAUUAUCCUAUGUGAUAUGUAUUCUAAACUGAUAUUAAAUGAUUAAUAUCGA